AGCGUUGUUGGUGUUGGGUAGUGUUGGCAGGAGUGGAGUGAGGAGUGUGUGUGUGUGGAGUCUCGCGGUACAGUUGGUAGGAGUGGCCAGUGUGGCGCCAGCUGAUAGAGAGGGUGUGGCCAGCUUCUGUAGAUGCCGCGGGUGUGUCGCUGACCGGUGCCCUGUUGUGAGCCCCUUCCCCACGUCUGCUGCAUGCCCUUGUAUACAUACAGUAGUGCACCAGUGUCUUGCUUCACUCCUAGCCUUAAGAAACACCACCACCACCACCACCACCACCACCACCAUGGCCAUGCUCAGGGGUUACCUUUACGUGGAUCUCAUUGAGGCAGAUAACCUACCUGACUGUGACACUGCGUUCUUCAAUAUCGAUCCCAAGGAUACAUCAGAUGCUUUUGCCCAGAUCAAGAUUGGUAGCUCUGUCAUCUGCAAGACAGCAGUGAUUAAUAAUGACCUUUCCCCCAAGUGGCAGGAGUCCCACAGGAUUCCUGUGUGUCACAAAGCAGAUGAACUACAGAUCCAGGUGCUUGACAAGGACCACUUUAGUGCUGGAACACUUGGGGAGGUAAGCAUCCGCCCAGAAGACCUCUUGGAUGGGGAGACACUCGAGGGCUGGUAUCCACUGUCUGGUUGUGAUGGACGCAUCAAUAUCACAUUGAAUUAUGUUCCCAAGGAGGCAAUUGAAGCCACGUUUGAAGUGCCAGAUUGUUACUUCCCUCUCCGUGAAGGGUGUGGUGUCACCCUGUACCAAGAUGCUCAGUGCCCUGCCAUACCUUUCUUUGAGGGUGUCCCAACAGCCACUGGAGAACCCUAUGAACCUCCCUGUGCCUGGAAGGACCUCUAUUAUGCACUCACUAAUGCCCAGAGGUUCAUUUAUAUCACAGGAUGGAGUGUUUACACUGACAUAACGCUGGUGAGGGUAGAGGGUGAGGAGGAGGAGGAAGGUGCAGGAGAGACUGUGGGAGAGCUACUAAAGAGAAAGGCUGAAGAGGGUGUUAGGGUGCUGGUGAUGGUGUGGAAUGAGAAGAUGAGCACUGGUGUCACUGCAGGCUUCAUGGGCACCCAUGAUGAGGAAACACGGGCCUACUUUGAGGAUUCAGAGGUGCACGUGGCAGUGGUGCCUCGAGUCAAGCUGCUGGAGGGCGUAGCUGCCUUCUUCCAAGACCAAUUUUCCCAGACCUGCUAUACUCACCACCAGAAGACGGUUAUCCUGGACUGUCCACCUGCAGACGAUGAGGAGCUGCCACGAAUCCAGGCUUUUGUUGGGGGUCUGGAUAUCACUGAUGGCCGCUAUGACACACCAGAGCAUGAACUGUUCAGAACAUUGCAUUCUCUCCACCAGGGUGACUUUUAUAAUGGUGUAACCACCACCACCUGUGAUGAAGGCCCUCGCCAGCCUUGGCAUGACAUCCACUGCCAUGUUAGUGGCCCAAUAGCUCAGGAUAUAAUGGAUAACUUUACUGAGCGCUGGCGAAGGCAGGUCAGUGAUCAGGAGUCAGUAUUGCUCCCAAUCUCAGAGGAAGAGUUCCUAAUAGAUACACCAAUAGUCUGUGAUGAGGCAGAGGCUUGGAGUGUCCAGUUGUUCAGGUCCAUCACUUCUGAUUCUGCUCUGUUUAAUUUUGACAGAAUACAUGCUAUUCCUAAGAGGAAGGGAAAGUAUGUCGAUGACAGCAUUCACCGGGCAUACAUCCACCACAUCCGCCGUGCAGAUAGCUUCAUCUUUGUGGAGAAUCAGUACUUCCUGGGGUCUGCCUACAGCUGGAAUGAUGAGCAGAGUACCAAGGCCCAUCAUCUCAUUCCACAGGAGAUCACACAGCGAAUUGUGGAGAAAAUUAAUGCUGGGGAGCACUUUGUUGCAUAUAUUGUGGUGCCCAUGUUUCCAGAAGGAGAUCCCACCAGUGCCCCAGUGCAGGAGAUCCUCCAUUGGCAGCACCGCACCAUGGAAAUGAUGUACGCAGGCAUUGCAGAGGCUAUUGAAGCCAAUGAACUAGAUACUCAUCCCAGAGACUAUCUUACAUUUUUCUGCCUGGGCAAGGGUGAGUGCCCUGAGGACAUUCCUGAGGAUCUACCAUCACCAGAACCUGAAACUCCUGCCAGUGUGCUGCGGGAAAAGGCUCGUCUUAUGAUAUAUGUUCAUUCCAAGAUGAUGAUUGUGGAUGAUGACUACAUCAUUGUGGGAUCAGCCAACAUCAACCAGCGCAGCAUGGGUGGCACCCGUGACACAGAGAUCGCUGUGGGUGCCUUCCAGCCAAUGCAGACACGGGAAGUGUGUGGGGAGCCUCGUGGGGGAGUGUUCCAGUUCAGGAUGGCACUGUGGGGAGAGCACCUUGGGGGCUUGGAGGAGGUAUUUUACAAUCCAGGUUCCCUUGACUGUGUGCGUGCUGUCAAUGAGUUUGCAGAUGCCAACUGGCAAGCCUAUGCAGCAGAUGAGCCCUGCAGAAUUGACAGUCACUUACUGGCCUAUCCAGUUUCAGUGGGACAAGAUGGGUCAGUGACUUCCUUAGAAGGGUCAGAGAACUUCCCAGACACAGAAGCUCCUGUACUGGGAUGCCCAAACUUUCUUCCUAACAAGCUUACCACAUAAGAAAGCUGCUCAAUAUACUUUGUAGUAUUUGCUGCUAACAGUAUCCAAUUGGUGAUAGCUUACAUGUGCCUGAUUACUGAACCUCAUGUGCUUUAUGUGAUAAAAAUAAAUUCAGAGUUUCUGUUUAUAGUUAUUCUUAGUGGUGGCUGCUGUAAAUUAGUGAAAUUGUGUUCAAAUUAUCAUAUGGGUUGCUUUAUUUUUUAUAGAAUAUACCUACAUGAUAAUGUGAAAUAUAAUGCAAGAUGGUCAUUUAUGAUUGGGCUAUAUCACUUAAUAGAGUUAGAAAUAAUAAUGCAUGAAUCUGCUUCCACAGCUGCAACCCAGAGAUACCUGCCAAAGAUAGGGCUAGCUAAUUGUAAUUAUUUACAGUUCUUGAGAAGCAGCUGAGAUGUUCAUGAUGACGCUUAUUUUGCAGAAAUUUUCUGCAACAAGUAUGUAAGUGCAGCUAAAGUAACACAAGGUCUGUUAGUAUUUGGUCUUAUUUAAGAUUUGGCUGUGCAAUGAUUUUGUGACUGGUAUUGUGUUCAGGGAAAAUGGUAUUAAUAAUUCAUAUAGAAAGCUAGUUUUAUUUGUAUAGCAUCAAUGUUUAAGAUGUGUCUGUUGUGACUUGCUGAUAGUGUAAUUAAGGAAGAAUACAUUUUAUGAUGAAAGUUCUUGGAGAAAUAUUGCAUUUACUGUUGCACAUAGCUUUUUAGUCCAUUGCAAAACAAAUUUAGAAGCAGUGUUUGACAUAUACUUUACAUUAGAAAUAUGUUCAGAUAUUGUCUUAUAAUUCAUCAGAUUCUUGUUUGUUCAUCCAAACUGCAGUAUUAAAGGUCUAUUGUUCUAUGAUCAGCAUGUAUUUACCUUACAUGACUUACAACUUGAUUAGUGAGUUGUGGAACAUUAGGUUUGUGCCUUUAUGAUGGUGGUGAUGAUGGUGUGUGGCUGGGUAUCCAAGGUCAAAGUGUUCAUCAAAGUGUUCAGAGUAGUGAAGGAAAGGUCAGCACAACUUUAAUAUUUUUGGAAGUACAAUUAAUCCCUGAAAAGUGAUUGAUUAUGCACUGUUAGAUUAUAACAGUCAUAGUUUGAAGCAAAUUUAUUUAGUUUACAGAUGUGUGUAACUUGUCAGCAUGUGUGUGAUUUCUGUCUUAUGAUUCACCAUUCACAUUGAGACUUUGACAUUUCUCCCUCAUAUGAUAUAAAAGUGCUAUGUCUAGCUUCCUUGUUAUUUAUAUCUUUCAGAGCAUGUUCUUAAUUUUGUACCUAGAGAACAAAAUUAAUGUUGUUUUCCACAGUUA